AAAAUACUAGCAAACAUGCGUAUUUACACACACAUCUAAGACAGCACAUCUCCAUAUACAUUCUCCAUGUUUUUUAACAAAUUUCCCAAAUCCAUAAAUGCAAAUUGGCUAAGGGAGACAAAGAACUGUUGUCUUCAAAUUGACUUCACUGUCUAGAAAGUGUUUCCCACUGCCACUCCAGGGCAGGCACAAGGGGGAAGGCUGAGCAGGGAACCUGGGGCCAAUAUUACCACUUCAACCACAGCAGCCCCAGUUCUGGUCUUCAUCUUUGACAUAGAGAACAAAUUUGGUCUGAAAAGUGAUUUUUGUUACUAAAAGAAAAAUCCUGAGAGAAAAGGACCAGAAGUCAAUUAUCAACCCAAACCUGCUGCUGGGAAUGGCUGCUGGGGACUACAUGCUUCCAGUUAACUUCACUACAACAGCAUAGUCCCACUGUCUGGGAUUGCCUAAACCUGAGUCCCAGGAAAACUCGUUAGGAGACAAGAGGAACACCUCAUUUGCUCAACAGCAGAGGACAUGAGAAAUCAUUUUGUCCAUACCUUCAUCUAAGGGAAUCCCUUAUGCAUAUUUACAAACUUUCUUUAGCUCUGAUUUAGGGGACAAGAAAAUACAAAGGAAACUGAAGAGACUUCUAGAGAUCAAAGGAAACUGCUGUUUUACUCUAGCAUAUAACAUUAAAAGUGCCUUCUAGAGAUGUCUUAAAAAUUACCUCGAGUUGGCAGCCCAGUCGGAAGAUAGGUGAGGAUGAGUUUAUUUUGCUCUUUGCCAUAUCCUACUUUUACAACCUAGAAAAACCACUCUUGUUUAUGCAGGUGGGAAGGCAGCUUACACAAACUACAUACACAACAUCACAACAUAGACUACGUCCACCACAUAUAUUCCAGGCUUCUCAGAACCUGCCAUCAAUAUUCCCCAGGUUCAUGGCACAAAUCUUGGUUCACAGCAGGUGCUCCAUAAAGACUUUUGGAAUGGAUGAAUGGAUGUAAAUAAGCAUUUUAUCUGAAUGAACCCAAAAGGAUAGGAGUCUGAAACUUGGUUCAUCACCGUAAAAAGCUUGUCAGUAUCUGUCCUUGACCUGUGACAGCAGUGGUGUCAAAGUAGUAUUUUAUAUGGUUAGUAUUUCCUUUCCAGAAUCAUACAGGCCAGAAGGGAGCUGUGUUCCAUGAAUGUGUGUCCCAUGAUGCUUUGAAUCUAAUAUGUAGCUAGGAGACUGGCACAGGAGUAAGAAAGCCCUUUAUGAGGUCAUCAUUCCACACCUACCAGAUGUCCCGAGAUGGAGACAUGUAAAAUGCUUGAGGAGCCAUGCCUCACUCUGCAACCCCUCUUUUAAAAAACAUCAUCAUUAGAAGUCAGUUUGAUAGCAUCAGGAGGAAGCAAUGCCUCCAGUACCUGAAAACUCUGAAGUCACUGCGAUAUGAUGGAUUUCAGACUGUAUACUUGGGAGAAACUGAUAUCCCAGAAAGUCUUGUCACUGGAGAAGAUUUUGGUAAUGGAUACUUUCUGCCCACUCCAACUUGGUGUAUGGUGCAUGCUGGGGGCAGUCAAGGAUGGGUGCCUUGGAACUACCAGAUGUUCCUGAGAGAUGAGCUGUGUACCAAGCAAGAAGACAAGCUCUUCUUUGAGUUCUGCGAUGUAGUGAAGAAGGCUUAUGGGAAAUGUGCCAUCGUGGUCAAAGGGAGGAGGCAGGAGAAUGAGACAAAACCCAAGGAAGAUGGAGAGGCUGAGGUUCAGUUCUAUGUCCCACCCGUCAUUAACUUAUCAAGUAUUGUGUGUUGCCCAGAGGUGGCCAAAUUCUAUGGCCAUGAGCUACUCUCUCUGCCUUCCCCAUAUAAUUACCUGAAUCCUUUAGACUCCGCCUGGUCCUCUCUGAAAUGGUUUAUCAUCAAUAACAGGAAAGGAUUUUGUCUGCAGUCCACUGACAAUGUCUAUUCCUACCAGUAUAUACUUUUCAGUGAUUUAAUUAGCAAAGGAAUUGAAAGGAUAAACUUAAGCAAAUGGAAAACAAUAGUUAAAAAAGUACAGAGAUGGGAAAAUUACUAUCUUGGGAAAUUUUCGUAAGAGUGAUUCCUCCAACAAUGAAACUCUGCUAUACAUAUGAUCUUUACCAAAAACUUCAUUAAGAUUGGAUCACUACCGCCAAAGAUAGUUAUCUCUAAGGGAUGCUGUGGGGAUUGAGAGGUUCCGAAGGAUGUUGACAAAGUGCUGAGUUUACUGAAAGUUUCAUUAAAACUUCUUGGUAAAUUAGUGGUCUCGACUCUCGUCUUGUUAAGGGAAGUCAGUGGGAGGAUUGGUGCCAACCUUGCACAAAAUAAGAUGGUCAUGGGUUGGGUGAGCAAGGCUAAAGAUUGUGUGGUCAAAAUUUAAAUCUGGGGGAAAAAAGAGAACAAAAUGUGUGGUUGCAAAAAAGUUAAAAUUAAGUAAUACGCCAAUUAGUUUCAGCCUAACAAAAUAAUCCACCAGGAGGCAGCUUGGCAUUGUCCGGGUGGUGGAAAAGCAAGAUACUUUCCUUCCUAUUGUUCUUCCUUCCUCAUGAGCAAGUGGUGGAGGGUGAAUGAGAAGCAUUCAAGGAAGGGUAACUCCAUCAAGGCAGGUUGGCGGCCCCAACAAGGGAGCUGGGGAGACAUAGUGGUGAUGGCUCCAGUGGGACUUGGGUGAACAGAUGGCAUGAAUGGGGGUCUGUGACCUACUUAUCCUCCUCCAAGAAUCCCAACAGGAGGUCAUUACCCUUUGUCAUGGCGCUUCCUCCCAGGACCCGGCAGCUGAGCCUCCUGCAGCUGGUAUAACAUCACCUUCUUCCUGUUUAGGGCACCUGCUGAUGGAGGCUGUAGGAUUUGUGGUUGUAUUUUUCACAUUUGUAAAAUGAAGCCCGGCCUCUAUUAAACACAUGAUAAAAUUCACUGUCAUAUAUAUUCAGGCAGUAAUUUUACAAUAGUAGCAAUCA